CGGAGUCGGUUUAUGUGACCCAUUUAGGUAAUCGCUGGAUUUAUGUAGGCUUAAAUCCCGAUGUGAGUUCGUGUUGCUUCAGUCUCAAUGCUUCAACCUCCAGCCAUCGUAGGUGAUCGAUCGGAUGGUUUAGUUUAGUCUUUAGUUUCCAUAUCUGCCGCUGUGGAGGACGCGCCGCUCGCUCUACAGCAUUUUUUGACUGUGCAGUCUGGAUCCUCCUGAGCCUUGAGGUCAAAGGUUAAACAGCCAUGGGAACCAGGAGGGUGCUAGUAACGGGAUGCUCCUCUGGCAUUGGCUUGGCCGUGGCUGCAAAGUUGGCCAAGGAUGAGCUCAGACGGUUUAAAGUGGUUGCCACAAUGAGGGAUCUUAGGAAACGGGGGCCUUUGGAAAAAGCUGCAGGUGACUCCUUAAACAAAACCCUGGAAAUCAAAGAGUUAGAUGCCUGUUGUGAAGCUUCAAUCAGAGAGUGUGUCAACAGCCUGCCGGACAGACGAGUAGAUGUUCUUGUGAAUAAUGCUGGUGUUGGCAUGGUUGGACCACUGGAGUGCCAAAGUAUCGCUGCCAUGAAGGAGCUCUUUGACACAAACUUCUUUGGCCUGGCACGGCUGGUGAAAGAGUUGCUGCCUGACAUGAAGCGGAGGCAGAGUGGCCAUAUUGUAGUGAUGAGCAGCGUCUUGGGAAUACAAGGGCUUCUGUUCAAUGACGUCUACGCUGCCUCCAAAUUUGCUGUGGAAGGAUUUUGUGAAAGUCUGGCAAUGCAGGCAAUGAAGUUUAACAUCAAGACGACUCUAGUAGAACCUGGCCCUGUGGUAACAGAGUUUGAAAGGAAAGUGUAUGAGGAUAUUGAGAAGAUGGAUCUAUCAGGGACUGAUGAGGAGACUGCCAAAAUCCUUCGUGAAGUUUACCUGCCAUUCUCUAAAAAUAUCUUCGCCUCAUUAGGCCAGACACCAGAGGAAGUGGCUGAGCAAACAGUUAAAGUGAUCACAGCCAAGGAACCUCCUCUGCGCCACCAGACCAACCGUCUGUACAGACCGAUAACGGCACUGAAGCAUGCAGAUUCCACUGGUCAACUGUCUCUGGACACCUUUUAUAAGAUGACCUUUAAAUAUGACUAUGCGUUGAAUGCUACUCUUGGCCUGUUGAGAAUGCUGCAGAGGCGGAAAGGGAAGGAAUAAAGAUUUUAUUACACAGACUAUAAAUGUCAUUCUUAAGGAAAUUGAUUGUG